UGCUCGGAGCUCGCCAAAAAGCCCAAACGCCACCGCGACCAUGGCAGCGCUCCGGCGGAAAUUCGGGGAAGACUAUCAGGUCGUGAACACGAGCCGGGGAACCCCUUUCUCUGCUCCUGUCAAAAAGAAGCGUCAGCGUUUCGUGGAGAAGAACGGACGCUGUAACGUUCAGCACGGCAACCUCGGUGGAGAGACCAGCAGAUAUCUCUCGGAUCUCUUUACCACACUUGUGGACCUGAAGUGGCGGUGGAACCUGCUCAUUUUCAUCCUAACUUACACAAUAGCAUGGCUGGUUAUGGCAUUCAUGUGGUGGAUCAUUGCUUACAUCAGAGGGGACCUAAAUCACCGCCACGACGAAUCCUAUACCCCCUGUGUCGCCAAUGUGUACAACUUCCCCUCAGCGUUUCUGUUCUUUAUCGAAACCGAAGCGACCAUCGGUUACGGCUACCGCUAUAUUACGGAAAAGUGUCCGGAGGGAAUAAUCUUGUUCCUCUUUCAGUCGCUUCUGGGCUCCAUCGUCGACGCGUUCCUCAUUGGCUGCAUGUUCAUCAAGAUGUCCCAGCCGAAAAAGCGAGCGGAGACGCUCAUGUUCAGUCAAGACUCAGUGAUCUCCCAGCGUGACGGCAAACUUUGCCUGAUGUUCCGGGUGGGAAACCUCCGUAACAGCCAUAUGGUGUCUGCUCAGAUCAGGUGUAAACUGAUAAAGUCUCGUCAGACUCCCGAGGGGGAGUUCCUGCCACUGGACCAGUGUGAGCUGGACGUGGGCUUUGGCACUGGGGCUGACCAGCUCUUCCUAGUCUCACCACUCACCAUCUGCCAUGAGAUCAACAGCAAGAGUCCCUUCUUCGACCUGUCCCAGCGCUCACUCAUGAACGAGCAGUUUGAGAUUGUGGUCAUCCUGGAGGGAAUCGUGGAGACCACAGGCAUGACGUGCCAGGCGCGGACGUCGUACACGGAGGACGAGGUGCUGUGGGGCCACCGCUUCCUGCCCGUCAUGUCCCUGGAGGAGGGCUUCUUCCGGGUCGACUACUCCCAGUUCCACAGCACCUUCGAGGUCAACACGCCUUCCUACAGCGUCAAAGAGUACGAGGAGAAGUCCGCGCUCCCGUCACCUGCCGGCACGCCAUCACACCGCGACCGUGUCUUCUCCGUGGACUGUCUGGAGGCGCUGGAGGAGCGCGGGGGUCGAGGUGGAGGUGGAGGGGGCUCGGCAUCGGCCAGGCUGCCCAGUAAGCUCCAGCGCAUGAGCUCCUCAGGGAAGGAGGACCUCCAGAGGAAGGUGCUGCGGCUCAACUCGCAGCCCGCCGAGAGAGCCUGCAGCACGGGCGAUCUGCCGCUCAAGCUCCAGCGCCUCGGCUCCUCUCCGGUCCACGGCGCCAGCAGGGCGGACAACGGCGAGAGCCGGCUGCAGCUGAAGUCACUGAAGGUGGGCUUCGAGCCGGUCAUGACCCAGUCCACUGGAGAUCUACACCUCCAUCAGCGCAACCUGCUGCACACACACACGCCCACGCACACACACGCGCCCUUACACACGUCGCUCGGUACACCCACACCUGGAGGGCGGCCUGAGGACAACUUGCCCGCCAAGCUACGCCGCAUGAAUGCCGAUCGCUAACAAUUUUACAUAGAUGUAACUGGACUGCAAACUUACCCCAAAGCAAAUUUUGAAAGGGGUGUGCUGUCGUGUGAUAAAAAUGGACAAAUUGGAAUGGACCGAUGAAAGACGCAUGUUUGGAAUGGAAGAGAAGCAUAUUUUACCAAUUUAGUUGUUUUCGUUUGUGUUUAUUAGUUUGAAAAAAAAGAUAAGAAAUGUUGAGAUCAGGUACGUAUGUACUGGAUUACUGUGAUUUCAUUUAUACCAACUUUGA